AUGUACAAGUAUGAUAACAGACAGGAAGUGUGGCUCUACUUGCUCGGUGUGCUAUCAGCAGAUAAAAGUCAGGAAAUGACCGCUGUAAGGAACAAGUUCCUUGAAUACGAAGGCGUGAGUAAGCGUAUUCCUGCAGUUGAAAAAGAAGUGAGAACAGAGGUGCUGCGUUAUUUUCGGCGCCAGUUGGAUCCUAAUCAGCGUCGUAGUCGGCCAGACACCAAUGCCAGUACGUGUUGUAACUACAACUACUUGCUCGCUGACAUUCGCGCUCUAGUGAUACGGCAAACAAGACUGUCACAAUCAGAUGAGCAUAGCGAGCUUGGUAACACGUCCGAGGACGAAUUAUUUGAGCGUCCGAGUAUUCCACGAAUCCUUCCAUCAACUCAAUAUGGCCUUGCGACGAUGCGGGAAUGUCCCAAUGUGGACGACUCUGUGCUCAUUCAUGAACAACGACGGCUCUCACAGAGUGUGGAAAAUGUCCUUUGUGCGUAUCUCAAUCGUCAUCUGCUUGCUGCCGCAGAGGAAAAGCCUGAUCAGCAACUAGGCGAGGCGCGCGCAUGUGCCGUGAAGAGCAUGUCGACACAAACACAGAAAGAAUUUGAUUGGCCCAUCAAUUUGGUGUCGCUCCCAGGCAAUAGACUGAACGAGUUCCAUCCCUCCAUGGUGUACCUGUGUGCCCCUUUUGCACAAUGCGUGCGUGCUGAGGCAGGCAUGUAUUUUGCAUUCGAGCGCCUUAUGUCCAUGAUCGCGCAAUAUAACGAAGUCCAUCCUGUUCCACAGCGUGUCGCUACUUUUCUUACACUGUUUCGAACAACACUUCCUGAAUUGUAUGCGUACUUUGAGGCGGAAGAGGUCGAUAUUCUCGCCGUGGCCACCAGCUGGUUGCAACAUCUUCUUGCGCGUGAGAUGCAGACUCACGACUUGAUGCGGUUAUGGGACACCUACUUUGCCGUCCCAGACUUGCUGGAUUUACAUUUAUACGUGUGCCUAGCUAUUUUAACCAACUGUCGCGAUGCUCUAGAAGAUCUCGACCGUUCUGAGACGAUGAGCAUGCUCUUCUCUCUUCCGCCUAUGGAUGUGGAUCGCAUCAUCAGCGAUGCCGUAAAUAUUCGCCUUAGUCUAGAGCAUGACGAAAUGUACGAAUAG